GAAGCAGGAUGGUAUGGCUACCAAGGAGCUUGUUUUAGAUUUAAUUUUACCGCCGAAUCAUAUCAAUCAGCAGCUCAAAUAUGCAUUAAUAGUAACAGUUUUCUUGUAUCACCAACAAUGUCUAGCAUAACAUUUCUAAACAUUUUGAAUAAUGUUCCUAAGUAUAAACGUUUCGAUUACUACUGGACAAGUUUAAGCAAUCAAUUUGGAAACCAGAAAUACUUGCAUGGUGAUGGACAACGCUUUUCAGACGUGUCUUUGUUUGAUGCAAAUGGUACUUUUGGUCAAUUGGUGUAUCUCACAUGGUUAAAUGAAACUAAUGGAUUUUUAGCAACUGAACACGAAGUAUCGUCUAGUCCAUAUGUCUGUCAGACGUCAAGUCGAUAUAUUGGCUGUGUCGAGGCAGAUAGUCUCCUUACGACAUCGGUUAUUAGUAAUUUUAGUAAUUCCGGCUUGUCGGCAACAUUUUGUAUCCAGUAUUGUGUGGGACAUAAUGCAGAAUAUGCUGCCAUUACAAAUAAAAUAUACUGCAAAUGUUAUAAUGAUGUCAUCAAUUUUACCUUGUCAUCCGAUCCUUGCGAUAUAUGUCCAGGGUAUAGUUCACAGGCCUGUGGUAGUAUUGAAUCCAUAUCUCUUUACAAUGUUUCUUCCUACAUGGACAUUUAUGCAUCUUGUGAUGAACUUUUGUCAUAUGGAAUAACAGAACCAUCUUGGUAUUAUAUAAAACCACACAAUGUAUCAAAGUCCAACAGAGUGAAAUGUUUCGAUACUGAGGAAUCAUUUAUGCCAAUGUCUACGUUGCCUGUUUUAAAGUCGUCAUCACAUAUGUCUAACCACGAUGCCUCUAAAUCAAGGUUGAAAUGGCCAUAUGAGGAAGAAGAUUCAUGGAAACCAUCAACAGUGAAUGGUAGUCAAUAUCUAACGUUUACCUAUCCUUUUGAUAUUAUCAUCACUGGAUUAGUUACCCAGGGUAAUCCAUUAGGUAAAAACAACGAAUGGACCCGUCAAUUUGUUUUUAAAUACUUAGACGAUGCACUGGAACAGGAGGUAACAUAUAGUCAUGAAGGAAAUCCUGUGAAUUUCAAAGGCAAUACUGAUAGGAGUUCAUUAAAGAACAUUAUAUUUUCUAACCCUAUCAUCACAAGAGAGUUUACGAUACAACUGACUGAUUGGAAUAACUGGCCAGCUUUACGAGUGCAGAUCCUUGGCCAACCUCUGUCGUCUUAUAACUAUAGUCAGUCGAUUGUGCAGUGUUAUUAUGUUACGGACGAAUUAAGAAAGAAUACAAACUCUACACCUGCCUCAACCUUAGAUAACUGCAAAGUAUCCUGUCUGCAACUUGGUUAUCCGUUAUGCAGUUUUUACAAAGAUAAUUCAACACAUUGUUAUUGCUGGAAUACCCUGCCGUCUACAUACGGGACCUCUGAAAAUCAAACGUGCAACACUAAUAACAGACUGUUAGUUUACAAAACAUAUGAAAAACUUUGUCCUGAUCCUCCUACAGAGUAUAAAGCUACCAGAAACUAUACAAUGCCUGUACCAGGAUUAUACACAUACAGGUCAAACGUAGCGGAUACAUGUAUUGAUGGCAGAUUUAUAGAUAAAAACAUUUCAAAAACGUAUACUUGUCUUCAAGAUAAUAAAUGGUCACAAGAUAUAUUGAUGUGUGAAGCUUUUUGUAACCAGUUAGACCUACCAUUGAAUGCAAAGGCGAAUUCUAGCGAAGAUUCCAUGCACACUGUCAUAUCUGUGACAUGUGAUCAGUACUUUGUGACGUCAAACAACGACACUGUACAGUAUGUAACAUGUAACGAGACGGGCAUGUGGGAUGUCACGUUACAGCAUUGUGAUGUGCACUUGUGUGAUGAAACACCAACGUUGCUGCAUGCUUCAAAGUAUCUAAAGAACUCCAAUACAACGGAAUAUUUGUGUGACCCAUACUAUUCUUUUUCAAAUGGAUCACAAUCAAAGAUUAUUACAUGCGAUGGAAAUAGUUUUAAAUGGGAGAGUGUGGAUGAUACCUGUACUCGGCAAGAUGAUUUAAUAUGCUACCGAUCUAUGACUUCCCAAUUUCUAGGAAAUACAAUACGACGCACCACAAAUGAUGUUCUAUUAGAGUUUUUGCCAAGAAGUCAAAUGUCCUGUUCGAGUGCCUGUUUGAAAGACUGGCAUUGUAAAGGAUACAAUUAUAAUGACGAUGUAUGUAGACUUUUUAAUUCCAAAGCAAAGUCGUCUGCCGAUCUUACCAGUGAUGCCACGUGGUCAUACUUUGAAAAAAGUGACGAAGAUCUGCAUUCCUGCAUUUGAAGGGAAAUAUAAGGAUAAAAAAUAGAGAACAUACCGGUUCAUAUACUCUAGAAGAUUUACAAAAAUCUUUG